GGUCCUGAGCCGGGGUUGUGAUAGGUCUGGGCUUCGUUGCAGUGCAGUCUCCUUCAGCUCGCCCUCCAACCGGUGACGCCUCCCUCGGCCGUGCGGUGUGAGGAAAAUCUCUCUUAAAGUCACUUUAGUCUCCCGCUAGCCCCGUCUCAUACCGAUACAAUGGCCGUACCUCCCUCAUAUGCUGACCUGGGCAAGUCUGCCAAAGACAUCUUCAACAAAGGCUAUGGAUUUGGCUUGGUGAAGCUCGAUGUCAAGACAAAGUCAGCCAGUGGAGUGGAAUUCAAAACAUCUGGUUCCUCCAACACUGAUACCAGCAAAGUUGCAGGUAGUCUGGAAACUAAAUACAAGAGGUCAGAAUACGGUCUGACCUUCACUGAGAAGUGGAACACUGACAACACCUUGGGAACAGAAAUCACUGUGGAAGAUCAGAUUGCCAAGGGCCUGAAGUUGACUUUUGAUACAACCUUCUCACCAAACACUGGCAAGAAGAGCGGCAAAGUUAAGACCGCCUACAAGCGCGAGUACGUUAACUUGGGCUGUGAUGUCGACUUCGACUUCGCUGGCCCCACCAUCCAUGGCGCUGCUGUCGUUGGAUACGAGGGGUGGCUCGCCGGUUACCAGAUGAGCUUUGACACAGCCAAAUCCAAGAUGACCCAGAACAACUUUGCCAUUGGUUACAAGACAGGAGACUUCCAGUUGCAUACCAAUGUUAAUGACGGAGCUGAGUUUGGAGGCUCAAUCUACCAGAAGGUGAGCGACAAGCUCGAGACAGCAGUCAACCUGGCCUGGACCGCUGGCAGCAACAGCACACGCUUCGGCAUUGCAGCCAAAUACCAACUGGACAAGGAUGCCUCCAUCAGUGCUAAAGUGAACAACAACAGCCUUGUUGGUGUUGGCUACACCCAGACUCUUAGACCAGGUGUGAAACUCACCCUGUCUGGUCUGGUCGACGGAAAGAACAUCAAUGCAGGAGGCCACAAGCUGGGUCUGGGCUUGGAACUGGAAGCCUAAGCCUUCCUCAUACUGCAAGGGACUAGGGAAUAUCAGAAGAAUCUGGCCUUAAAUGUAUGUCCAACUCAAACCAGCAAGGGGAAUAUCUUGGGAGAGAUUGAUUCAAAGGCUACGACAACAAACUCUGACUUGUUGAGUACCUCUUCAAGUUGGUGCUUCUGUCAUUUUACCUUUGUUGCUUUUUACUUUGUAGAUGCAUCUACUCAAGAGACGGUUGGUGGCGUACUAUUUAUAAAUCAUGUCAUUGUUCCUGUCCAGCACUGCCAUAAUAAUGAAAUCCAAUACAAUCCCUUUGCCUGUCAUCAACUCUGUGUGACUUUAUUGUGAUAAUCCCAGACACUCCGCUCUUUUGUGAGAACAUCAGCUGACGGUUAUGUGUUGUGAGGCAAUGUCAUACCUUCUUUCUGAUUUUUACAAUCAUGACCAUCUGAUAUUCCUUUGUCAUCAUUUGCAAACCUUUUAAAUUACACUAGAUCUUUCUGCUAUUAUUUAAAUACAGCUGCACCCUUCCUGUUCAUGCACACAAGGACAAGCUAAAGCUCUUUAAUGUUUUGUUUUGUGUCGGCCAUGAGGGUUUGUGAGGUUUUGUUAAAGCUGCGCACGUGACCUUCCCUUAAACUAGGCAGUUUUUGGGUUGCUUAAAGUUGGGUCUGUACGUUUGAUGAGAGGAACCUGUACACUUGGCCGACCAAGCAGAAUUAGUUUUUCUUUUAUUCUGUACUAACAGACAACCGGGGGGGGGCACAUCAUUAAUGUUCACAAUAAUGCCAAACUAUCAUUGUCCGGAAGAGGUGUAACGUAGUUGCACACGUGCACUCUUGGAAAGUGCUUCCCUGUACUGGGCACUGACAGAGCCCACAGGAAGUCUUGGAGGUCCUUACGUGUAUGUAUAAAUUUUCAAUAAAGUCUUUGAACUCCA